GCAGUAUAGUGCACGGCGGCAAGAGAAAAAAGGAAAAGUGCAGUAAAACAAACACGGGACGGAGGUCCAGCGAAAACACCGUGAAGUCGUGAAGUCGUCGUCGGGGUAUUUAUCAGUUCGUCGCACCCUCCCGACAUGAACCCCCCUCUCGCCGUUUUCUUCCGCGCGAACGGGUAGUGGCCCUAUUGCUCCGACCAUUAGAUGAUCCACCGCUAUCUGCGGCGUUCUCUGCGUUUGGCGUAUCGCGUAUGAUGAGCAAAUCGCCGGUGCUUUCGACGUCGAGAUUGCGGAUCCGCCUAAGCCUUGCCCCUGCCCGUUGCCGCUACACCGACGUCAUGAACGGCGUCUGGCGUUCCCGACGUACUCCGUAGUUCUACACGACCGGGGCUCGGGCGGCGGCAGUCCUGGGGCACGCGUUCCAGCCCGUUCCGACCCAUGCUAGGCGAAGCUGCCUACUCCAAGGUCUGCACGAAUUUGCCGUCCAACGCGACGACGCCAGUGUGCUUGGUGGAGUCGGAGGACUACGGCGACAACAUGCCGCAAGUGGUCAAAAAGUGGCAGGUCUUCCCAGGAAGAAACAAGUUCUACUGCGACGGCAGGCUUAUGAUGGCUCGACAGACUGGGGUGUUUUUCGUCACCGUGGUUCUCAUCGUGGGGACAUGCACGCUAUUUUUCGUUUGCGAUUGUCCGUACUUAUCCCGAGAGAUCAGCCCUGCCAUCCCAGCCGUCGCAGCAUUUCUCUUCUUGUUUGUGAUGUCGGCACUGUUUAGGACUAGCUUCAGUGAUCCUGGAGUCAUUCCUAGGGCCAGCUUGGAAGAAGCAGCAGACAUUGAAAAGCAAAUAGAGGUGCCAAACGGGUCAAGUUCCCCGACGUUUCGGCCGCCACCGCGCACCAAAGAGGUGGUGGUGAGCGGGCAGACUAUAAAGUUGAAGUACUGCUUCACCUGCAAGAUAUUUCGGCCCCCAAGGGCCUCCCAUUGUAGCUUGUGUGACAAUUGUGUUGAGAGGUUUGACCACCAUUGCCCUUGGGUGGGGAAUUGUGUAGGGAAGAGAAACUACCGGUACUUUUACAUCUUCAUCAUCUCGCUUGCCUUCCUGUGCGUCUUUGUGUUUGCGUGCGUCAUCACCCACAUCGUGUUUGUUGCCAGGGAUCACGACUCAUACUUAGAAGCCGUGAAGGAGUCUCCCGCAAGUGUUGUGGAGCUGGUGGUGUGUUUCUUUUCGGUCUGGUCCAUCAUGGGCCUGGCUGGCUUCCACACAUACCUCACCACCUCAAACCAAACGACCAACGAAGAUAUCAAGGGCUCCUUUUCCUCACGGAGGGGUCAGGACAUCUACAACCCGUAUAGCAAAGGUUCUUUUCUGAGCAACUGUGCUUCUGUUCUUUGCAGUCCCACACCGCCAAGCCUGAUCGACAGGAGGGGCGUAGUAAUUCCCGACAGUGGCGCCGCACUUAGGGAAAGCUAUGGAACAGUCAAAGCAUUUCACCUCUCAAGGAAUGGGAUCCAGGUGAACAACACCAGUGGGGUCCCGCCCCUAGACCUCAAGGUGGCCCACGGGGGUUACAGUGCCCCAAUUCACAUGGGGCGGGCAACAUUGCCGCAAGCUGCCAACGGUUCCUACCCACGGGACCCCCUCUACCAAAAUUCAGGGUCUCACGGCCGAGGCAACAACAUCCCGGUGGCGGUGGUUCCGCCGCAGUCUCGCCAUCCUUCCGAGCCGAGCUCGAUCACCAAGGGUCUACUCCCGGACGGCAUCGACCACGAGUUCGGCGUAGACGCUGGUAGUCAGCUCUCCCUCCUCAAGCAGAGUUCGGUGUGACAGCGGAGGCCAUCCCCCGUCGUCCCGGAAGAGGUUCUCCUCGUGGCAUCACUCUGCCCCACGCUUGGUGCAACAUUCAGUGCCCAUGCGAUUCGUUGUGGCACUACUCUUGCAGCGCGUCGUCGCGUCACCGCUCAAAGCCGGGGAGGUUGGGUAUCUGUUACGUGGCUGGCGUGCAAAUCCGGACCUCUGUACUCCGUUUCACCUUACGAUGGACCGCAGAGGAUGCUGCGAGCGAGUUGACGUCAUCAGCCGUGAAUGUGUCGUGUGACUACGUGCAGCGCGCGUUGCCGCAUACUUCUCCAAUGUCUCUGCAUACUUCUCCGGUGCCUCGUGACAUCCGCUGCGGUAUUGUAGGGUUAAACGGCAUCUAGCAAUGCUUGUAGGCAACUGAAGCUGCCCGUGUUUUCAUUUUUUGUCGCUAGGGUUGCAGUUGUUGUUGCACCGCGUCGGUUGUUCAAGGCUCGGCCACUUGCGUAAUGGAAGCGCACAUUUGAAUGCACAGCAUGUUUUUGACGCAAUCCUGGCCGUUUUGAAUUGUUGCACGGGCGGCUCGUUGAUGCAGGGUGUGAUUUGAGUGACGAGGACCUCUUUUUUUGGGGGUCCUGCGUCGACAUUGUAUAGGUGUUGGAGAGAAAUUGGGCAUGGCGUUGAUCUAGCCUUGGGCACUUCUUAUAGAGGAAUGCGUGUCUUUGGUUUUUGUUAUGCUACUUCCAGUCGUUGUACUGAGGGAUCUGAUUCAAAACUGAAGGAAGUGAUUGACCUUUUUUUUUUUCUUUUUUUUGUAAGGGAGUAAUUGUGUGUUUAGAAAUGAAUUUUACUUUUCUUCAAACUCUUUUGGUAGAGGAGGGAAUGGCUGUAUGUCCUAGUCAGGCUGUUCCUUGUCCACUCGUUGGAACAGUGUACAAUAGGUUUUAAGACAAAAAAAAAAAAAAAAACUUGGACCAUUUCUUGAUGUAAGCUGCUACUUUGGUUGUAAAGGCGCUAAAGCAUGGCUUAGCAUAUUUUGAAGCUCAGUCCAGCUUUGUUUGGUCGUGCAGGUAUCCUAACCCAAGCCUGGUGGCUUAGUGGGUAAUUUUGGUGUAAACACUCUACUUUAGGCCCAUCUGUGUUUGUUCUUUUGGUAUUGCGUGUUUGUUUUUUGAAAGCAUGAAGGUUGUGGCAGUUGAACAUGGAAACGGGUGAGGCAGUAAAUAACUCUUGUGAGAUCUGCUAAGCAUUGCAGGCUGCUGCAAGCUCUCCUUCAACUAAGUGGACAUCUUCUUUUUUUUCGAUUUUAUUUAAAAUUUGUUGGGGGUUCUUGCUCUUCCAUUAAUCAAGAGCACCCACCUGCACAGUUUUAUGCAGAGUUAUUCAUUUGGCGUUCUCAGGAGUAACUCGCAGUGUUUAACUUGCUUAUAGGUCGUCUCAGUUCCUAACAAGCUUGCUAUUGAUCAAAAGUAACAUAUUGGUUAAAUUUUUGAAUGGCUAGUGAUGCUUUAGAUUGCCUGAUACUAUUGUUCCUUGAAUGCUGUUCUGGUGCUUCAACUUGUUUCUGUUGUGAUGUGACAAGUGUGUUCUGCCGUCACUUCAUUUCUUUUCUUUAUCGUAACCAGUGGUGCUUUUGUAUUAUUUAUACUACUGGAAGAGUCCUGAUGAACUUUUUUUGUGUGUGUGUUUGACUGCCAAAUUCUUAUUUUCGACAUUACCAUUCAUUUUCAGUCAAAAUUUGUAUUGAUGUUUACCUAAGACUUUAGCUAUGAUUCAGGAAAGGCAUAGUACAACAACAUAAAUUUGUGAUAUUUAGUUUACUGUACUUGGUUUGAAACAUGGUUUUAACUGUCUGCCGAAAUGCAAGUUCAUGCAGUGUUAUUAAUUGUACAUAAUAACAACGAACAUUGUGAUUGCAUUUAUUGAACUGGGUCUGCCACAAUUGUUUUUCUUCCAGUGGAAAGAAAAUUGCCUCAAAAUCAAGCUCCAAAGUUCAUGUUUUGGGUAUCAACUCGGCAGUCCGGUGUGAGGCAAUAGUGAUGUAUAUCUUAUGUUACAUUGUCACACUUGUACAAGGCAAUAGUUCUAUGUCUUCUGUUGCAUGUCUCCUGUCUUUUCAAUAGAAUAGGCAAGUUUUGUAUAGCUGCAUCAAAGUACAAGUGUGUCAUGCUUAGGUGAAUUCUACAGUUUCAGAAGAAAGGAAACAAAUGCUUUGCUGUGUCUGUAUUUUGUGUACAUAUAUAUACCUAAGACUGUACAUAAACAUGCUGUGUAGAUAUUUUUGUGGAAUGUGUACAUUGGAUUUUAAAACAUUAUGCUUUUUGCAUAUGAAUAUCACAAUAAAUAAUUUUAUUAUA